AUGGCACAAUUACCAGACCCAACUGUAGACCUGGAUUGGUCGGGCUAUGUGGGCUCCAUCCAGGAAAUAUUCGCCCGCAAUGCACAACAACAUCCCGACCGAGUUUGUGUGAUCGAAACGAAGUCGUCCACUACUCCAGAGCGGAUAUUUACAUACCAACAAAUCUUCGAAGCGAGUAAUUUGCUAGCACAUCAUCUUCAUGAGAAGGGUGUCAGCAAUGGCGAUAUUGUGAUGCUUUACGCCCACCGGAGUGUGGACCUUGUUGUUGGUAUCAUGGGGAUUCUGGCUUCGGGAGCGACCAUGAGUGUUCUGGAUCCCUUGUAUCCGCCUGCGCGGCAAAAGAUCUAUCUUGAGGUCGCGCAGCCCCGCGCGCUUGUCAAUCUCAGCCGAGCGACUGCCGAGGCUGGUGAACUGGCACCUCUCGUGCGAAGCUACAUUGAUGAUGAGCUUGAUCUAAAAGCCGAAGUGCCAGCUCUGCAGAUCGAUGACAAAGGCGUUCUCUCCGGCGGCUUUGUUGAUGGUAAAGACAUCCUCUCAGAGGUGAGAGCGAAGGCGUCGGCACCACCGGACGUGCUGGUCGGUCCUGACUCCAAUCCUACCUUGAGUUUCACCAGCGGAAGUGAAGGAAGGCCUAAAGGUGUCCUUGGCAGGCACUUCUCUCUUGCCUACUACUUCGACUGGAUGUCACAAAGGUUUUCUCUCAGUGCUCAGAGUAAAUUCACCUUACUCUCUGGUAUAGCACAUGACCCUGUUCAAAGGGAUAUUUUUACACCUCUUUUCCUUGGAGCCUCCUUACUGGUGCCAUCCCGGGAGGACAUACAGCACGAGAAGUUAGCCGAGUGGAUGAAGAUUCAUGAGCCGACCUGCACCCAUCUAACGCCAGCUAUGGGGCAAAUACUUGUUGGUGGCAGCACGGCCGAAUUUGAAUCCCUGCAGGCGGCUUUCUUCGUUGGUGACGUGCUUCGUGCCGUGAGUUACUAUGAAGUCCCGAGCCUAGCUACGGAUCUGCACGCCCUAGAUAAGCUUGGUGAUACUAUUCCUGCAGGCCGAGGUAUGAAGAAUGUGCAGCUCUUGGUAGUCAACAGAGAGGACCGGACAAAGAUGUGCGCCAUCAACGAGAUUGGGGAGAUAUAUGUCCGGGCGGCCGGCCUUGCGGAAAGGUAUUUGGGUGAUCAGACCUUGAAUGACAAGAAGUUUGUUAUAAACUGGUUUUUGCCGAGGGAAAAAUUUGUUGAGGCUGACGCGGAAAAUGACAAGGCUGAGCCUUGGCGAAGAUAUUACAGAGGACCGCGCGACAGAAUGUAUCGGACCGGGGACCUUGGAAGAUAUACCGAGACUGCUGACGUUGAGUGCACUGGACGAGCUGACGAUCAAGUUAAAAUUCGUGGUUUUCGAAUAGAGCUGAACGAAAUCGAUAGUAAUCUCAGUCAGCAUCGGCUAGUUCGCGACUGCAAGACUCUGCUAAGGCGCGACAAGUUUGAAGAGCCGAAAUUGGUGAGCUAUGUGGUACCCGAAAUGAAAAUAUGGCCAGAUUUCUUGAAAGAAAGAAACCUUAAAGACAUACAAGAUCGGGGUAUUGAGGAUGGUCCAGUACGAUACUUUCAACAUCGGUUCUCAGCAAUGCAAGAUGAGCUUCGACACCACUUGCAAGGACGCCUUCCGGAUUACGCUCGUCCGUCAAUUCUUGUUGCUCUAGAGAAGCUCCCACUCAAUCCAAAUGGAAAGGUGGAUCGAAAUGUGUUACCAGCUCCUGACGUUGCAGAGCGAAAACAAGAGGCCACUGCUGAAGAGCUGCAAAGAUGGGAGAAAUACACACCUACUGAGCGGGCGGUGGCGACUCUAUGGGCCGAAAUAGUCAGCGGUCUUAACGCGAAGAAGAUUUCGCCCGAAAACGAUAUUUUCCAACUUGGGCUUCAUAGUUUGCUUGCCCAGCAGCUGCUUCUUCGGGCUAACAAGCAACUCCAAGCGAACAUCUCUAUCAAUGUACUUUACCAAUAUCCUACGUUGGCUGAGUUCAGCAAACAAAUUGACCGAAGGCUUGUUUCUACCAAUGGCACGAAUGGCACCCAUGUUUCUGAAGAAGAGCAAUCCUACGCUAAGGAUAAAGAUGAUCUACUGGAGGACUUCCCAAAAAGUUUCCAAGCUCCGCAGCCAGCCGGACUGCGGACGUCCGCCGAAACUGUGGUGUUCCUGACAGGCUGCACUGGCUUCGUAGGCAGCUACAUCGUCAAAGAUAUCCUCGAAAGAAGUAACACUAGACUCAUCGCUCUUGUCAGAGGUGUAAAGGACGCGAAAGCUGGUCUGUCCAGAUUACGGCGCUCCUUACAAAGCUACGGUCUUUACAACGACAGAUGGGAAUCGAAGCUGAGCGUCGCGCUGGGCGACAUCUCCAAGCCCCAGCUAGGCCUACCUCACGAAGAAUGGACGAGACUAUCCGAAACGGUCGAUGUCUCAAUUCACAAUGGCGCUAUUGUUCACUGGGUGAAGCCCUAUCAAGAUAUGCGCGCCUCCAAUGUUCUCUCAACUCUGGAACUCCUUAAUCUAUGCAACAUCGGCAAACCUAAGAUCUUCACUUUUAUCAGCUCAACAAGCGUCCUAGAUGCCCCUCACUACACUUCCCUCCCUCCUCAUCAGCCCGUCCAAGAAUCCGACGACCUUCUCGGCAGUAGCACCGGGCUCGGAACCGGCUACGGCCAAACAAAGUGGGUCUCCGAGCAGCUCGUCCUUGAAGCCGGUCGUCGCGGCCUCUGCGGCUCUAUCGUCCGACCGGGCUACAUCCUCGGUGAUAACGUCACCGGCAUCUGCAACACCGACGACUUCCUCAUUCGCAUGCUGAAAGGUAGCCUGCAGCUCUCCUGCCGCCCCGCAAUCACUAAUACCAUAAAUUGCGUCCCCGUCAACCACGUUGCGCGCGUUAUCGUAGCUGCGGCUUUCAAUCCCCUGCCCAACGUUGGGGUGAGCGUCGUGCACGUCAACGCCAACCCGCGCCUCCGCAUGCAGGAAUUCUUGGGGUUAUUACAACGAUAUGGGUACGAUGUCCCCGAAGUCAGCUAUGAGACUUGGAAGCAGAGGCUGGAAGCGUAUGUCUCUGCGGGCGCGGUGGGGCAGGAGAGAGAUCAAGAGCAGUUGGCGCUGAUGCCGCUGUAUCAUUUCUGCGUGAAUGAUUUGCCGGGGGAUACGAAGGCGCCAGAGUUAGAUGAUAGGAAUGCUAGGGCGGUAUUGGGGAAGGACGUGGAACUUUGGGGCGGGGAGGAGGUGAGAGAGGAGUAUGGGAUUGAUGAGGAGGACGUAGGAAGGUAUUUGAGGUAUUUGAUCGAGAUUAAGUUUCUUGGCCAACCGAAGAAGGAGAAAGGGAAGAAAUUGCCAGAGAUACAGCUGGGGGAGGAGGUCAGGAAAGCGAUGGGUGGGAUGGGAGGACGAGGUGGAGUGGUUGUGUGA